UGAAAAUCAGCAGAGAAAGAGGAAAUCAGGGCAAGUUAGAAGACCUGGGAGACUGGUAUAGAGAGUAGCUGUUUACCCAAAUGGAUGGUUGUGAAGAGCACCCGCAGAGAACAGUAGGAAGAAACUCAAGGAAAUGGCUGUUAGGGUUAAAACCAUAUAGAUUUUGGAUGCUGAUUGCAGAGUCCUUGGGCUGGAACCUGGAGUAGUACAUGGGCUUGGGUUCCCCUACUAAUCAUUGGAUAAACUGCACUGUCUCGACUAAGAAGGCUCACCAGGACAGCAGAUCUUGUGAGGUUUUUUUGGUACCCUAGCAGGGAAAUGCAUAUAGUGAUCUGGCUGGAGGGACAACAUGAAGAAGCAGCAGCAGCAUUGCAACUUGUGAACAAGAGGGGCUGUGGUGUGAGUGACAGAAGAGGGUAUCAGUCCAGACAGACCUAAUCCCUAGUCAUAGCAAGAAGGGGAUCUCUACUGGUAACACUAGAGGGCAGUGAUGUAAAAGGAAUUAAGAGACCGAAGGUCUACUAGAAAAUGUGGAGACACCUUUGUACCAGUACCAAAUAGAAAAGGGCCGGCUCUACCAUUUUUGCUGCCCCAAGCAAAACAACAAAAGCUGCUUGGACUGCCGCCCGAACUGCCAAGUGUGUGGCAGGGAAGCCGCUCGGACUGUGCCGCCCCAAGAAUGGACGGAAUUCCUCCCCUUAGCAUGUGCUGCCCCAGAAUCCAUGUUUUGUUGACACCUCCUCCCUGUGCCCCCCACCCCCAAACUGGAGGAAUCUGAGUAACAGUCUUUGGAGGAGUUCUUCUUCUGACCUGCAGAGAUAUUGUUGCUGUUCCCAGUAGAAUCCAAACUCCAAAGUUUGGAAACAAUAACAACUACAUGAACAUGACGGAGGCAAAUAAUGCAUUUCUUACUGCAAAUGAGCAGACAUUCCAUACUCCAAGCCUUGGAGAUGAAGAGUUUGAGAUCCCACCAAUUACUCCCCCUCCUGAGUCAGACCCCACGCUGGGAAUGGCAGAUAUACUGUUGCCCUUUCAGGGUCUAGGCGACCAGCUGCCUGGACAAGGAAAUGAAUUUACACCCCAGUUUCCUCCACAGAGCUUGGAUCUUCCUUCUAUUACAAUAUCACGAAAUCUUGUGGAGCAAGAUGGUGUAAUCCACAGCAAUGGAUUGCAUAUGAUCUGCUUAUGGAAGAGACCCUCUGAUUGGAUCGCUUCUUCUCCACUGGACCCCCUCACCCCCCAGGAUCAUAGCCACUCACAAGUUUCACAGUAUCGCCAGGAUCAUUCUUUGAUUAUGAGAUCGAUUGUUCAUAUGACUGAUGCUGCUCGUUCAGGAAUUAUGCCUCCUAGUCAGUUAACCACCAUUAACCAGUCUCAGCUAAGUGCACAGCUGGGACUAAAUUUAGGAGGCACUAGCUUGCCACAUACUUCUCCUUCACCUCCUGCAAGUAAAUCAGCAACUCCUUCCCCAUCCAGCUCUAUAAAUGAAGAGGAUGCAGAUGAAUCAAACAGAGCUACUGGAGAAAAAAGAGCUGCUCCAGAUUCUGGCAAGAAGCCCAAGACUCCAAAGAAGAAGAAAAAGAAAGAUCCCAAUGAACCACAAAAGCCAGUGUCAGCAUAUGCUCUAUUCUUCCGGGACACACAGGCUGCAAUUAAAGGGCAGAACCCUAAUGCUACAUUUGGAGAGGUUUCAAAAAUAGUAGCAUCUAUGUGGGACAGUUUAGGAGAAGAACAAAAACAGGUAUAUAAAAGGAAAACAGAAGCUGCCAAAAAAGAAUACCUAAAGGCACUUGCUGCCUAUAGAGCUAGUCUUGUUUCUAAGGCGGCUGCAGAAUCAGCUGAAGCCCAGACAAUACGGUCUGUUCAGCAAACGUUGGCGUCCACUAAUUUGUCAUCCUCCCUUCUGCUGAAUACUCCUCUCUCUCAACAUGCAACAGUGUCUGCAUCUCCUCAGACUCUCCAACAGUCCCUUCCCAGGGCAAUCGCUCCAAAACCUUUAACCAUGAGACUGCCAAUGAAUCAGAUUGUAGCUUCUGUUACCAUUGCACCAAACAUGCCAGCAAACAUUGCAGCCCCAUUGAUAAGCUCUAUGGGAACAAAUAUGGUCGCAACACCAUCUUCAUCGCAAGUAAGCCCUUCAAUGCAAACCCAACAACAUCAGAUGCAACAGCUACAGCAGCAACAGAUGCAGCAAAUGCAGCAGCAGCAACUACAUCAGCAUCAAAUGCAUCAGCAAAUCCAACAACAAAUGCAACAGCAGCAUUUUCAGCACCACAUGCAGCAACAUUUGCAGCAGCAGCAGCAUCUUCACCAGCAACUUAAUCAGCAGCAAAUGCAACAGCAGCUGCAACAGAUACAGAUUCAGCAAAUGCAGCAGCAGCAAAUGCAACACAUGCAACACCAGUCCCAGCCUUCUCCUCAGCAGAAUUCCCCUGUAGCCUCACAGAUGACCUCACCCAUCCCUGCCAUUGGGAGCCCUCAGCCAGCAUCUCAGCAGCACCAGUCACAAACACAGACUCAAGUAUUAUCGCAGGUUAGUAUUUUCUGAAGAUAAAUGUUCUUGCAACAUUGUUUUGCAUUUAUCAAGGGGGUAGGGGUAAACCAUAUUUGGCUGAAAACUGUAAAUUGUUGAUGGUAGUUAUGCAGAGAUGCAUAACAGAUCAAACGAUCCUCUAAAGUGUCUAUUAGAUAGGCAAUAAAGAACUACAAUGUAGCUGUGUAUCAUCUUUUAGCUGACUAUAAAUCGUUUUGUUAAAAAAAAAAAUUAAAAAAAUAAAAGCUGGGCUCCUUUUCAUGUGAUGGCCUUUUUAAUUUAUUUAAGCUUUACCUACAAUAUGUGAAUCAAAUGGCCUAAUAAAUACUUGGAUGUUAUGACUGCAAAAUGGCCUUUCAGAGUUAUAUAAUGUAACCUUUCUUUCUCUAAAAGUGAGUAAUGCACUUCAAGGCAGUUUAAACUCAUGAAACCCUUAAAAGCACAGUUGUAACAACCUGUAAAAUAAUGAUUGGAUUUCAUACAAUCAUACUUGUAUGACAUGAGUAGUUGAUGGCAUUUUUUGUCAUGAAAAUAAUGUAAAUCAGAUUUUUGCCAAAGCUCUUAUUUUUUUUCUUUCCUACACGUCUUCAGAAAAACAAAUGCAAGCGACUAAACUUAAAUGGUUGACCCGUCCUUUCACUUUGAUUUCUCCAAAUAAACCUACCAUACUUUGUAACAAAAUAUAUAUCAACCGUUACCCUAUUAUGUUAAUUCCAGUUACAAAACAAAUGUGAAUAUUAUAUUCUGUGUUUAAGUGAUGAGUUUCAGAUUUAAUACACUGUAUUUUUAAAAGGGAAAUGCACUUAAAUAAAACGGUUAUUACAAAAACUGAGAUUAAAAAAUGCAAGAGGUUUUAAUAUGCUGUAAUACCAGUAGAAUAUAUAAAAGAAGCUCCACAUCUGAAUAAUCAAUGUAAAUAUUUUCUUUAAAAGUUGUAAGUUUUCAUAUCAUGUGUUGUAAAGUUUUCAUAAAUGAGGCUU